AUGCGCAUCUCCAACGCUAUCACGGUUGCCGCAGCUCUUACACCGCUUGCCAGUGCUCAUGGUAGCAUUGGGUUCCCAAAGAUCCAUGGACUCGUCGAUUCAAUUGACCGAAGAGCAGAUGCCCUGGUCGCCAGCUUCAAGACUGGAAUCUUCAGCAUCGACUCACACGUAGACUUGGUCUUGGAAGCGCGUGCAAGUCCUCAAGAGUGUGGCGAAGGAAUUGGAUCAUGUCCUGCGGACAGGGGCUGCUGCUCAACAGCUGGCUACUGCGGAUCUAACUCGAGUUACUGCUACUCUCCCAACUGCCAGUACAAGUACGGUCCUGGCUGCCCAGAGCACCAGAAGCCUGAAGGCAAGAGCACUGGAUCCAUCCCCCGAGCAAAGAUCGGUUCAGUUCCCUACGGAGGCAGCGGCAUCUACCACUGCAAAGACCCGGGCAACGUUGCCAUUACUUAUGACGACGGGCCCCACAAAGACUUCACAGCGACCAUCCUGGAUCUUUUCAAGAAAUACGAUGCAAAAGCUACAUUCUUCAUCACUGGCAAUAACAUUGCUAAGGGACAGAUUGACAAAACUCAAGAACAUAUCGAUGUGAUCAAGCGCAUGGAUGCAGAGGGGCAUCAGAUUGCAUCUCACACAUGGACGCAUCUCAACUUGUCUAAGAUCGACAAAGAUGAUCGGAAAGACCAAAUCUUGAACGUUGAGGGCGCGCUAAACAACAUCGUUGGGAAGAUCCCUACCUACAUCCGCCCGCCUUACUCUAGCUGCACUGUUCCCUCUGGCUGCGACCAAGACAUGCAGGACCUAGGUUACCACGUCAUCUACUUUGACGUAGAUACCGACGACUACCAACAGAACCCCAAGAACACCUUUCAAAACUCGCUGGACUGGUUCAAGGGAAACAUGACCAUGGGGAACAUGUCACCUAAGCAGAACUCAUCGCUUUCCAUCUCGCACGACAUCAUUGACAAGACCGCCAACGAGCUCACUGAGUUCAUGCUCAAGACCAUUACCGAGCUCGGCUACAAGGGAGUCACCGUUGGCGAGUGUCUAGGUGAUCCUAAGGAUAACUGGUAUCGUCAGUUCGGCGACUCUGCCAACCGUGUUGGUGCUAAUUCCACUUCCAAGUCGGUAAAUUCAAGUUCCAUCUCUAGCGCCAGUGGAACCUCCAGCCUUAUUUCAUCUUCGGGUUCCGGUUCGUCCUCAAGCUCACCUUCGGGCUCGGGCAGCCCCUCCAGUUCGGCUACUGCCGAGUCAACUACAAGCGCUGCGAGCACUAUACUGCAGAAGUCGGGGUUUACUGUCUCAGCAAUUGCUUUCUCUGUUGCCAUCUUGGCGGUAUGA